AUGAGUACAGCAACGGAGAUCAAGCUCCUCACACUACUCAACGUUAGCGCGGUCAAGCGACCCAGAGAAUUGGAUUUACCAGGAGGUCAUAGGGGAUCACCAUCUUUCUCAAAAACUCCUUCUCUCGUACUGGAAUCAGAAGAUGGUCAUGAACCCAGUAAGAAACGACGGAAGAGUGUUGUGUUUGGAGGAGAGGUGGGACCGAGUGGGAGUACGUUUGGUAAGAAGGGGAAAGGUAAAGCUAAGAAGGUCGAGAUAAGCGGAAGUAAUGGGAUUGAAGAUUCCGCAAAAGAUGUAAUUGCCAAUGGUAUUGGGGAAGGUAAUGGGAACGAAGGAGUGUUUGAGGAGGAUGAAGAGUCGGGUGAUGAGGGCGAAAGCUCUAGCUCAGCCAUCAACGAUAUGUUCAAUCUCCAUUUUGGGGCUAAUCCACCUAUUCUCACUAAAGAAGCUGUAAAUAUGGCCGAAGAGCAUAAAUGGAUAUCGGAAAGGAAGAUGCUGAAGGGCUUUGGAAGAGUGGUCGAGCUGUCAACGGGUAGUGCCGAGGCUAUACCCGCAGUUGUCAAAACUAGAAUCACGCCGUCAAUCGCAUCUGCUCUGAAAGCCUCAUCAUCAUCCGCGCCCCUUCUUUCUACCUCUUUGUCGUAUCUCGGAACAUAUAAAGACCUCUACCUUCAUUCACUUGAUGGAGAAGCAGAUGGUUCUGAGACUCAGAUAGUGGGUGAGCAGAAAGACGCGACGAGAAAGGCGGCUGUCGUGCACGCCUUGAAUCACGUCCUGAAAACCCGUCGACGUAUUAUUCGAAACAACGAAAAACUCGCACAUGCUGCAUCAUCCGACAACCCUUCAUCUAUUCCAGAACCUCCUCGAGACCAAUCUUUCACACGCCCCAAAGUCCUCCUUCUUUUACCAUUCCGUUCCCUCGCAUUACAUUACAUCAAAACGCAUCUUCUUCCACUAGCACCAACAGGGACACAGAUAGAGAAUCAACGUCCAUUCUUGACUUCUUUCUCUUUGCCUGAAGGCGAAGAAGACCCUCUCGCAUCAAGUUCAGCAAGCAAAGAUUUCCCUGUCGAUCAUCUCGUAAAUUUCAAGGGUAAUAGUGAUGACAAUUUCAGAUUUGGUAUCAAGUUCACUCGUAAAGCUUGGAGAAUCGUUAUGCCACCUGCCAACGAAGAGAAAUUGUUAGAUUGCGACAUACUGGUGUCUAGUCCUCUAGGGUUCAAGAUGGCUGCGGAGAAAGAAGAUAGUACGGAUCUUUUAAGUUCUAUCGAAGUGCUCAUAGCGGACGGGCUGGAUACAAUGGCUAUGCAGAACUGGGAUCAUGUGCAGUUUAUCUUCAAUAACAUGAACAAAAUACCCAAAUCGCCCCAUGGAUGUGAUUUCUCACGAGUGAAACCAUGGUAUCUUGAACAACAAGCCCAGUACCUGCGCCAGACUAUCCUUCUUUCGCGUUAUGAUACUCCAGAAACUCGAGCACUCUUCAACCGUCAUUGCCACAAUCUUCAGGGCAAGAUCCGGUUGGAAAGGGCAGACUAUGAAGGUGUGCUCGGUCGUGUCAGGUCAGGGGUGAGACAAGUCUUCGAACGGAUCGAUUUGGAAGGUCCAAAAGCCUUGAGUGGACAAGCAGCUGUGGAAGAGGUGGAUACUAGGUUGGAAUGGUUUACUAAGAAGACGAUUCCUGCUCUUUUGCGAUCCGCUAUCUCACGACAGAACACACUCAUAGUCGUCCCAUCCUAUUUCGAUUUCGUCAGACUCAAUAACUAUCUGAGAAAGAACGAUGAAUUCACAUACGCGUCCAUAUCGGAAUAUUCAUCCAAUGCCGAAAUCAGUAAAGCUCGGACUUUAUUCUUCAAAGGCAAGAAAUCAUUCUUGAUUGUAACGGAACGAUUCCAUUUCUACAGGAGAUAUAAGAUACGUGGAGCUAAAACUCUAGUAUUUUACUCUUUACCCGAUCAUGCUCAGUUCUAUUCCGAAUUUCUGAAUACACCUUUCCUCGGAUCAAAAGGGCAGGGUGAAGUAGAAGUGGACGAAGCUGAAGUGUCGAGUAGGGUUUUGUUCUCGAGAUUCGAUGCCUUGAAAUUGGAGAGAGUGGUAGGGUCGGUAAAUGCUAGGAGGUUGUUGACUAGCGGUGAAGGAAGAUUUGAGUUUAUAUGA